AUGUCUUCCCACACCGACGCCGCGGCACACCCCGCAGGUGACAAUUCCCUCGACGACAUCUUCGGAUCCUCACCACCAGCCGAAACCAGAGAUCACAGACCUGCAGGACCUACCAAAGCAUCCACAACCACCACCGAACCCUCCGACCUCCCCUCUCUGCGCCGCCAGCACGUCACAGCGGGGUACCGCGACGGCGUCUCCGUCUCUAAGGGCGAGCGCGUCCAAGAUGGCUUCGACGGCGGUUUCCCAGUCGGAGCACAACUAGGCAUGCGCGCAGGAACGAUUCUGGGUAUUUUAGAAGGUAUCUCGCGUGGUUUGGAAGAGCGUGCAACGGGGGUGAAGAAGCCCGCCGCGCGGGGUAGUGCUGGGACUUCUUCUGUGGACAGUGAAGGCGCUGAGGCGCGGCGGGAAAUCAGCGAGCGGGUUCGACGGAUCUACGGGGAGGCUAUGAAAGCUCUAGAUGUGCAGGCUGUGUUUACGGGAUUUGAAACCGGGGCGUCGGCGCGGGUUGAUACUGCUUCGGGAGAGGUUCAGCGCCAGGAUGCAGGGGAGAAGCCGGAGGUUCACCUAAGGAGGAAGGGAGAUCCGGUUAUUUCUCGGUGGGAGGAGAGACUUGCUGUUCCGGCUUGGGAGGAGAAUAUGGAUGCCUUGGAGAUGAAAGAGGAUGUACAGGAACAGGGCCAGGGACAGGGAGACAAAGGCGCCGCGGCUGAGCGGAGUUGA